UUUGGUUUGGCGGGAGCCGUGAGGAAUUAUCAAAUAACAAGUCCUUACCUCCCUCCCAGUCCUUCCUUUUCAUGGCGUAAAUCCAUGGUUGCAGAGCUGAAUGUUAAUCGCCAUUACUACACGGAAUUCAACCUUAUUCCCUCUUCAUCCUCGUCCUCCAUUUUCAUCUCCUCCAAUCGCCUCUUUCCAUCGCUCUCUGAUUUCUCUCAAAAACCCUAAUCUUAAACCCUCACUUAUCUAUAUCAACUUUCAAGUAUCGUAUUAUCUUUCUAUAAUGGCGUCAUCUUUCAUCGCAGAGUACGCGAAAUCAGGUCGUUCUACUUGCAAAACUUGUUCAGAAACCAUUGCUACAAAUACCUUGAGGUUUGGUGUUGUUACGAAGGAUAAGCAGAGAGGAUAUGAAAUGACUAAAUGGCAUCAUUUUCAGUGUUUAUCCUUGGAUUCUCAGUCUAUUUCGUCCGUCGAGUCUAUACGAGGGUUCGAUUCUCUCAAGAGCGAUGAUCAGGAAGCUGUGAAGAAAGUGGUGGAGGAACGUUGCAAGGUUAAAGACAUCGCAGAUGAAGAUGAAACUGCGAGAGAUAAACAUGAAAGUGCUAAGAAAAGGAAGUCGAGAGAUGCAGAUGAAGUCGAUGUGGGAGAGGAGCAAGGAAAUCCGAAUAAGUUGUGGCUUUCCAUGACUGACAAUUCCAAGGUCGCACUUGAAGCUUCUGAGAUAAAGAAUAUGUACAUGGAUGCAGUUUUGUUGCCAAAAUGGAGAGCAUUCCAUACUGUCAUUUUCCUUGAAAAGGAUGAUGGCCUAGAGGACACAAGUAAGAUUGCAGCAUUUGAUUUUGAUGGAUGCCUUGCAAAAACUGAUGUGAAGAGGACUGGUGCAGAUGCCUGGGAACUCAUGUAUCCUUCAAUACCUGGAAAACUGCAAGAGCUGUACAAUGAUGGCUACAAACUAGUAAUUUUCACCAAUGAAUCUAACAUUGACCGCUGGAAAAAUAAAAGACAGAAGGCUGUAGAUUCAAAAAUUGGGCGCCUCAACAAUUUUAUCAAGCUUGUGAAAGUGCCAAUUCAGGUAUUCAUAGCAUGUGGGUUUGGACCUAAAGACCAAUACCGUAAACCCAAAACUGGAAUGUGGCAUCUUAUGGAACAACACUUCAAUUCUGGGAUUCCUGUUGAUAUGGAUAAGUCCUUUUAUGUUGGUGAUGCAGCUGGGAGAAAAAAUGAUCACAGUGAUGCUGAUAUUAAAUUUUCUGAGGGCAUCGGGUUGAAGUUUUGUCUUCCAGAGGAGUUCUUCCCUCAGUGAAUAUGCACUGAUCUACGCAUAUAUAGUAACUGACUAUCCAAUGCUGCUGUCUGUUUCUGACGGUUAUUGCAAUUUUCCGAUGGUCAUCUUGAUUCCUGAUUUUCACUUGUACAUUGGAAACAUAGAUCAUCAAUGUCGAGUCAGUAAUUUUCUCUUCCUCUGUUGAUUAUCAUGUUUCUUGCUAAUCCAGCACAACCAAAGCUGCAGUUUCAAUUUUUAACUCGGAUGGACAAUUGCUACUGCACUUUUCCAACAAUAUCGAUCUGUUGUAGUUUGUGCUUUUACUUGGCUUUUGUUAUUUUGCAAGUAAAGAAUGUAUCGUUGAAGAAUCUGUUUGCGUCAGGGGCGGAACCAGAAAAAUAGACGAGGGAUG